AACAUGUGGUCAUAUAAGCCGAAACAUCGGAUCAACUCCUAGACGUAGGCUUGGAUGAUGUAACGUCGAAAGUACUGUAUAUCUCAAGCGGGGUCUGAAAUUCAGCUCUCGGCGCCGACAGGCGCGCUUCAAUGCUGCCAAGCCCUGGUCAACGAUGCAGUUCUGUUCUCCUCACCGGCAAUUAUUAUAUCUUGCUGGGUCACAUCCAGCACAUGUGGUAGUCAUCUUAACAGGUCGGGGCAAUGUGAGCCGGCAAGCGAAGAUCAAGAUAAAUAGAGCAUACAUUCAAGAGGUCCUGGACAUGAAUUUGUUUCUAAUCACCAGCCCUUCGCUAGGACAUCAAUAACGACAAUGCUAGGCAUGUUUUGUAUUGUAGAAAAGAACUGGGGGCUUAUGAUCCUAGGUAUCUUAUUUCAAUUGGCAAAUACGCACUCAGCAACGGCUCAUUCCAUCUCUCGAGGAGUGUCGUCCUCGGUUCGUGAGCGCAUAAGCUUGAAUGGCGGCUGGAGAUUUACACGUUUCACGUCGAACCCGGACUCUCUGUCCUACAACGAGACAUUGAAACCAUGGGUGCUACCAUCGGCCAACGACUAUAUUCUCAAUGGCACCAAGCAUCAACGCCCGAAUGGGACCGCCCCUGGCUACAAUUUAGAGUUUACACAAUUAUCCUUUGAUGAUAGUUCGUGGGAAGCAGUCACGUUACCACAUGACUGGGCAAUCAAAGGACCCUUCAAUGCACCUGGCAUCAGUGGCGGUAUGGGACGCCUCCCGUCUAAUGGCGUUGGAUGGUAUCGCCGUAGCUUGAGCUUCGCAUCGAGUGACGUCGGCAAGUCAAUUUUCCUAGACAUCGAUGGUGCCAUGUCGUACUCGGCUGUCUGGCUAAACGGCGAUCUUGUCGGCGGUUGGCCGUACGGAUAUGCUUCAUUCCGGUUAGACCUGACACCAUACAUUAAGGUAAAUGACGAUAAUUUGCUUGCUAUUCGUCUCGAUAACGCCCUGGAUUCGUCACGAUGGUACCCUGGAGCUGGAAUCUACCGCAACACCUGGCUUGUCAAGGUUGAUCCAGUACACAUAGAGAACUUUGGUACGCGGAUCGUUUUCCCAUCUGUAUCGGCGGAAGAAGCAACAGUCAAACUUGUCGUGGCUGUCGAGAACAAGGGAACAUCAGAUCAAGCUGUAACGGUGGAAACAGUAAUCAGUCCUAAGGGGACUGAUGAUAUGGUAGCUAAAAUCCCAGGGGCGCUGGUGAAUGUGAUGGCUGGGUCGAGGCAAUCAAUCAGUGGCUCGGUCACCAUUCCCGAACCAUUGCUAUGGGGCCCACCCCCAACACAAAAGCCAAAUCUGUAUGUGGCUGUGACGUCUAUAUCUACAAGCAACGGUUCGGUCGUUGAUAAGUAUGAGACAAUAUUCGGCAUCCGCUCAGUGACUUAUGAUGCCAAUCGAGGUAUCCUUAUCAACGGCGAAGAGGUACGUAUCAGAGGAACUGAUAACCAUCACGAUCUUGGUAGCCUGGGAGCCGCAUUCAAUUACAGAGCUGCGCAGCGGCAACUCGAGUUGUUGCAAGAAAUGGGUGGGAACGCACUCCGCAUGUCGCAUAACCCACCGGCUCCUGAGUUACUCAACUUGGCUGACAGUAUGGGCUUCUUGGUUAUGAACGAAGCCUUUGAUGUGUGGAACGAUGAAAAGGUGACCAAUGAUUACCAUUUACUGUUCGCUGAUUGGCACGAGCCAGAUCUCCGAUCGUUUAUUCGUCGGGAUUUUAACCAUCCUUCCGUAAUCGCCUGGAGCAUCGGCAAUGAGAUUCCCGAACAGAGAACUGACGCUGGCGCGGCGACUGGCCGAGUGCUGUACAAUAUCGCCCAUGAGGAGGACCCCACGCGACCGGUGACAUCGGCUUUGAACAACGGCCAACCAGGCGAUGGACUAGCGGACCUCCUAGAUGUUGAAAGCCUUAACUAUCAGGGCGAGGGACGAGGAAAUUCGUGGAUUGGCACUUUCCCUGAUUUCCAUAACAGAUAUCCGGAAAAGCUGAUCUGGACAAGCGAGAGUGCAUCCACUCUAAGCACUCGCGGCACUUACAUCUUUCCCGUUGUUAGCAAUAUGAGCCAGGUUGUUGGCGAUGGACUUGGAGAUGGUGGCAACUCCAGCUCACUACAGGUCAGCUCUUAUGAGCUAUACGCACCAUCAUGGGCUUCUUCCCCAGACAAGGUGUUCAAGCAACAGGACCUUCACCCUUAUGUCGCAGGGGAGUUUGUGUGGACUGGCUGGGAUUACCUUGGUGAGCCCACGCCGUAUGAUGACUUUGAGGCAGCACGGAGCUCUUAUUUCGGUAUUAUCGACUUGGCUGGAUUCAAGAAGGACCGUUUCUACCUAUACCAGUCGCGCUGGCGACCUGACUUGCCCAUUGCCCAUAUUUUGCCACACUGGAGUUGGCCAGAUCGUGUGGGUCAAUUGACGCCUGUCCACGUUUUCUCGUCUGGUGAUGAAGCGGAACUUUUUGUGAAUGGAAGAUCAGCUGGCAGAAUCCUCAAGGAGCCGUUUACCUACCGUUUUCGCUGGGACAAUGUCACAUAUUCACCAGGGGAUCUCCAUGUCGUGGCAUAUAAGAAUGGCUUGAAGUGGGCCGAGGCAAGCAAGAAGACGGUUGGCGCCGCUGCAGCUCUAAACAUUACAGCAGACCGGGCAAUAAUUUCAGCUGAUGGGUAUGACUUGUCCUUUGUGACGGUAGCUAUCGUCGAUGCUGCUGGAGAUAUCGUACCACAAGCGAGCAACAAUAUUACUUUCUCAGUAUCAGGGCCAGGGGACAUUAUAUCCACUGAUAACGGUGACCCGACCGAUUUAACACCGUUUUCGUCAUUAACACGGAAGGCGUUUAAUGGUUUAGCCCUCGCUGUGAUUCGAACAAGGUUUGAAAAACAGGGAAAUAUUACGAUAUCGGCUGUUACAAAUGGGUCAUUUUAUACAGAUAUAAACUUAUUAAGUAUUUAAAAACUAAUGUAAAUUAAAUUCUUUAUUAUUUAAUAAAGAAUUUAUAUUUAAAAUUUUAAUGUUAUAUAUAUAAACAUAAAGAUAAC